AUGCAGCCACCGCGAAUCGUAAAUCGCACAUGCGAGGUUCGCAGCAUCAUUGCCCUGGGCCGUCGCCAACCCUCACGAUGGCUUUCUUCAUCAAGCGGCCUACGAGCUCCUCGGAGCAGUGUCAGACCCUCGCCAGGUCCCCUGACGGCCGCAGGCUUCUUUCUGUCGAAUCGAACCUUUGACCGAUCCAGGUGCCUCGACUCAAUCGCCCCAGACCACUGGUUCCGGAAAUCCUCGACCUCGACAUGCACUUCGGCGCGCCUCGCCAGAACCCAACCCACGGGCACUUUCACAGCCAACAUCCAAGACACACCUCAGUUGAGCUCGUGCAUAUCUCCGCAUCGUCAAAGACGAGCCCGAAAGCAAGCGAGCGUGACGGCAAGCGCAGUCGAGUCCGCGGCGAAUGGCGCCCUGCCAGCAAACGCAUCCACCAUACUCACAAACGUUGCCGCCGCGCAGCCAGCGCGUUCUCUCCGCCGAAUCCUCUCCGUGUUCCUGUCGCUUUCGAAACCGCGGCUCACCGUUCUCGUUGUACUCACGGCCAUGGCUCCGUAUGCGCUAUACCCCGUGCCCGAGAUGCUCACGCCCACCAUGACCGAAACGCCAAGCCUGAGCCCGUUGACACUCCUGUUCCUCACCACCGGCACGGCCCUCUGCUCAGCCAGUGCAAAUGCUCUCAAUAUGCUCUACGAACCAGCCACCGACGCAAAAAUGUCGCGAACAAGGAACAGGCCGCUUGUCCGAAAACUGGUGUCACCGCGCACUGCGGCGCUGUUUGCCAUGCUCGCCGGUGCCGCUGGCGUUGGGGCCUUGUAUUUUGGUGUCAAUCCCACCGUUUCCUUCUUGGGUCUGUCCAACAUCGUCCUAUAUGCGGGCAUAUACACACCACUAAAGGCCGUCACUGCAUUCAACACCUGGGUCGGCGCGCUUGUAGGAGCCAUUCCACCCCUGAUGGGCUGGGCGGCGGCGGCCGGCGAAGCAGCCACCAACGACGGCUCAUGGCGCGAGCUCCUCCUUGCCAGCGACGGUUCUUCGAUAGGCGGCUGGCUCCUCGCCGGGCUCCUUUUCGCCUGGCAGUUCCCCCACUUCAUGGCCCUCAGCUGGCCCAUCCGCGAGGAAUACAAGGCGGCCGGCCUCCGCAUGCUCGCGUGGACCAACCCUGCGCGCAAUUCGCGCGUCGCGCUCCGCUACAGCAUCGCCUUCAUCCCGCUGUGCCUGGGUCUCUGCGCUGCCGGCGUGACGGAGUGGUCGUUUUCGGCAACCAGUCUGCCCGUCAACGGCUGGCUCAUCCACCAAGCCGUGCAGUUCUGGCGAUUCGAGGGCCACAAGGGCAGCGCGCGGGGCCUCUUCUGGGCAAGCGUAUGGCACCUGCCCGGCGUGAUGAUCCUGGCGCUCCUCCACAAAAGGGCCAUGUGGAGCCGUGCGUGGAAAGGCGUCUUUGGCGACGACGGCGACGGCGAGUGGGAGGAGGACGAGCUGCAGGACAUGGCGAGCAUGACGGCGGCCAAUGUCGCCGACAAGGCUGCCACCACCACGGGCACGAGGUGA